AAUAAUCGCUCGUCGAUGUGAUCGACACUGUCCAGGCCCGCAACUUGCUGUCAUGGCGUUAUUAAAGCAAAGCGUCGUUGUAUUUGGCCGUUUCUCCGGCAAUCGCCCAUGGCUGGGAGCGACGAGUAUCACACACGGCUACACGAGCGGCAUUUCAUCUGCGGCCAACUCCUCUCCGAGUCCGACUGACCGGAGCAAAGAGCUACUGAGCGAUAAUGAAGGCCCUACGCUGCAGGACUUCAUUUCAGGGGAACUGUCAGAUAAAGAUCACUGGACAGAGUACAGAGGCAACUUGAAGAGGCAGAAAGGCGAGAGGCUUCGGUUGCCUCCUUGGCUGAAGACAGAAAUUCCUAUUGGGAAGAACUACAACAAACUGAAGAACUCUCUUAGAGACCUCAAUCUUCACACUGUAUGUGAGGAAGCCAGGUGUCCAAACAUCGGCGAAUGUUGGGGAGGAGGAGAGUACUCAACAGCCACAGCCACCAUCAUGCUGAUGGGAGACACAUGCACGCGCGGGUGCCGCUUUUGUUCUGUCAAGACUGCUCGCCUGCCACCGCCUCUGGACCCCAAAGAGCCUUACAACACAGCAAAGGCUAUCGCGGCAUGGGGGCUGGACUAUGUGGUGCUCACAUCUGUGGACAGAGAUGAUAUUGCCGACGGAGGCGCGGAACAUUUUGCCAAGACUGUUUCUCACCUGAAGGAACGGAACUCUCAAAUCCUGGUUGAAUGUCUGACACCUGAUUUUCGGGGUGACCUUGCGGCAGUGGAAAAGAUCGCCCUGUCAGGUCUGGAUGUGUACGCGCACAACGUGGAGACGGUCCGUGAGCUGCAAAGACACGUACGAGAUCCUAGAGCCAACUUCGACCAAUCUCUGAGCGUUCUGAAACACGCUAAAAAGGCAAAUCCGGCGCUCCUUACCAAGACGUCAAUCAUGCUGGGAUUGGGAGAAACUGACCAACAAAUUCACAAUACACUGGCGGAACUGCGUGAAGCUGCUGUAGAUUGUCUGACACUGGGACAGUACAUGCAACCCACUAAACGCCACCUAAAGGUGGAUGAAUACAUCACUCCUGAGAAGUUUGCACACUGGGAGAAAGUUGGGAAUGACAUGGGCUUUGUUUACACUGCCAGUGGGCCGCUGGUUCGAUCAUCCUACAAAGCAGGUGAGUUCUUCCUGAAGAAUUUGCUGAAGAAGAAAAAAGCAGCAGCAGCAGCAGCUAUCACGACAGACUGAAUAGCAGCAGGGCUGCAAACGCUACACCAGUGCCAUCAUGCAUAAUUUCAAGCCACAGCCUAACACAGAACUUGAUAAGAAAAGCACAUGCUUACCUGAAUGAAAUAAACAACAGCAAAGGGGGACCAUCUAUCAUGAAUGUUUUUGAGAUGAUUAAGGAGAAGGCAAGCGGGACCGGGCCAGCAGGUAUCCAGACAAGCACCCGGGUGUCGGCCGUCUGCAUUCUUUGCACUAAUUACAUCCUGUCCCCAUCCUUCAGGAGCACCUGAUAUUUUCUUUUUCAGCUAUUUAAGGGGCACUUUGAUACUUGUUGCCGCCAUGGCUGCUGUUAGUUGGGUUAUUUAAUGACAAUGCUUUGUAAUAUCUAAAUUAUUUAUUGUAUCUGAUCACUGCUUGGAUUUAAAACCGGCUAUAAUUUACACACAAGUGUCUCUUAUUUCAGACUGAUGUUUAUAAUAUACAACUAUCUUUGUACCUUAACUCCAGUUUCUCGUGAUUAAAACCUUUGAACACCAAAA